AUGAGCGCGUCAAACGGGAAUCAGGCGUCGGUGACGUUGCUGAAAACAUGCCAAACAUGUUUUAACCUGAAGAUCAAGUGUGACAAGACUCAGGAUUCUGAUCUUUGUGAUCGGUGUCUUCGGCUUGGCAAGACAUGCGUGUUUAAUCCGGCCCGGCGUCGGCCACGCAACACUAGUCGUCACAGAUUGGAGCUGAGGUCAAAAUCCAAGAGAAACUCUAAAUCACCAUCAAACUCGGGCGCUUCAACUGCAACUGCGACCCCCGGCGACAUCUUUAACAAAGAUGCGUCACUAGACCCUUUUCAACGAGGGAUCAUAUCUUUAGAAGAUGGGGACAAACUUCUCCACUACUUCCAAUCGAGGAUGACGCCGUACUUCCCAUUUGUUGUGUUCCCAGAGGACAUUUCCGUCGGCAUAACCAACUCGUAUCGACCGUGUGCCUGUCUGGCUGCGCUCGCAGCGGCCUCGCAUGCAGAUACAAACCGUCAAAAAUCACUUGGCGAUCUAUUCAACCAAGUCGUGGCAGCCAAGAUGAUUAGUGGGAAGUUCAAUGACCUUGACCUACUACAGGGUCUUCUCAUACAUCUUGCUUGGUAUGCUGCCCAGUUAUGGGAUGUCGGCGGUGGUAAAGACAAGGACGAACCAGACUGGGGCCCACCCGAGAUGCGCGCUCUGGCAGGUGCAUAUUAUCUAUCAUCUACUUCCUCUGUUGUGCUUCAGAAGGCACGCCACAUGUCGCAUUCUCCUUAUAUCUCAAGAUGCUGCGAGCAUCUCGGUCUACUUAACCUGCACCCGACUGACAAGUACCUCGUCUAUAUCAUCCGCGUGCAGACUCUAAUUGAAAGGGUUGAUGACAUUGUCAGCAAGCCUUCUGCCGCUCAGGACCUUUCGCCUUUCUGGGAGGAGACUCAACGGAUUGCUCAAGAGUGCGCUGAGAUCAAGGCAACAUUACCCUUUCCCCUCAGCGACAGCCCGCCAUUGCUGUUGCAACUUCACAUGCUGGAGCUUCUUCUCAGCCAGUCAUCACCCCGAGGAACUCCCUUUGGGCUCGACAAGUUUCAGCGCAACCAGGCCCCCGCAGAAGGCCAACCUCCCAUGAUAGACUGGCUCUCUGCCAGUAUGUCGGCGGCUCGCUCCUUGAUCAGCGUGGUGUUGGUUCUUCCACACGGCGAAGAGAUGGCAAUGUCGAACAUGGGGUGGAUCAUGAUCUAUUGCGGUCUAUCUCUGGCGGUCCGUCUUGAUCUUAUUGCCAUGAGAGGGACCAUGUCCGGGUCAACCGGACACCUUCGCCGGUUCCUGGAUAUGCCUCAUACACUUCGGCAGAUUGUGCUUCGCCUAGAGUCAGCAAGAGAUGGGGGCAAGAACACGGCUGUUAAUCUGCACCCGUUUGAAGGCCUGGCUAAACGAGUUCGUCGGCUUGAAGUGUGGUACCAGGCCCAGGCUGGCGAUUACCUUGCCGUCACCACCACUCCUAGCCCACAAGUUGUGGACCAAUCCAAUGUUGUGACAGUGGACGCCAACAGCAUGCCUGUUGCAAACCUACCAGGAUAUCCGGAUGUCAAUGCCUGGGGAGGGGCUGGUUGGUACCAGGGGGGAGAGUUUGACAUUAGCACUUUUCUCUUUACGGACCCUGUUGACAUGCCUGGUAAUUUCGGCAUUGGAGAUAGAUUUCUUUGA